CUUAAAGCUGUUAUCAUGAGUCGGAGUCUGGAUUGUGCUGCUCUUCGAAAUUACAACAGCGAACUUGCUACAAAUCUUGAAGAACUGUAUGCUAAAAGAGAAGAGAUUGAUCGUCAAAUUUCAACUCUAGAGAAGCAUCAAAGUAACAUACAACAUGAUGUUCAAGUGUUCUCUAACCAACUAUCAAAGUUGGAAGAAUCACUGAUGGAAAAACUAGCCGCUCGAGAUGCGCAUGACCAGCUCAUAAGAGAAAUACAGAAUGCCUAUUUGAAGAUUCUUCAGUGUUCUCAGUCCUUACUUGAAAUGGUCAAGACUGAAAGUUCAAGGUUAUCGAAGAGAGAUGGACAAGGCAAAAAUUCUAAAAGAUAACACAACAAAGUUGGAAUUCAUAAAACCAUAUUAGUAUUUGGUAUUUAAAGUGGUUGUGUGAUAUUGUUUUAAUUUAGACAUAUUACAGUUUUGUGGGGAAAAUUUCAUGUAUAGUCUUCCAUAUAGAUCAUAUUUUCAAAUUGUGGUUAUCCUUGUGGGUAGAGAGAGAAGUAAAAAAGAAGAGGAAGCAAAUAUGUAAUGAAAACUUUAAAUUCGGGA